AUUAGUUUACACGUACCAUUUGUUUCUUUCGUUCAAGACUUAUUCACGAACUGUCUUUCGCGCUAUAAACAGCAAUUUCUGGUGAACUCUUUUUUUAUUUAUAAAUAUCGAAACAAAGGAAAAAAUCCAUAUUGCAAAAUGGAUUUUAUGGACAUAAUGUUCAAUAAAAAUAAGCCAUUCAAGCCGAUUAGAAUUUCGGGAGGCUUAACAAAUGGACGUAUUGCUGUUACAAAUCCGUCAGAAAGUGCCAAGUGUUUGCAAGAAAGCGAAAAAGAUGCAUUGGAAGAUGACAUUCAAUUGAUUCGCAAAAAAGUCGAAGAUUCCAUCAAAAUAACAUUGCAACCGAGUGCCGCGUUGACUGAUUGUGAAGAGGCGCAGAAUGAUGAAGUUUACUCACGAUACAAGUUCGAACAACGAUCACAAGAUGCAACACAUUUACCGGUAUGGGCUUCAAAGACGAAAAUUCUCGAGAAAAUCGCCGAGUAUCCGAGCGUUGUUAUUGAAGGGUCCACAGGCUGUGGUAAGAGCACGCAGAUACCACAAAUGAUUCUUGAUGAAGCGCGAAAUAAUCAGAAGGCGUGCAACAUUAUUGUCACACAACCGCGACGCAUUGCUGCAAGAAGUCUUGCCGAACGAGUUGCUGAUGAACGCGGAUGGGAACUGGGAAAACUAGUUGGAUACCAGAUUGGUUUGGACAAACGUUUUGUUUCCGAAGACACACGGAUUUUGUACUGCACAACAGGCGUUCUUUUGGAAAAAUUGAUUCAAAUGAAAACGUUGGCACCAUACACACACAUCGUACUUGACGAGGUGCAUGAGCGCGACAAAGAUAUGGAUUUUCUGUUCAUCAUUAUACGGAUGCUAUGGGCAAAAGAAGCUACAAAUGUUCGAGUCAUUUUGAUGUCGGCCACAAUUGACACGGAGAAAUUUGCUGAAUAUUUCCGUUUUUACAAAUUCAAUCACUGGAUUCCAGCUCCGAUCAUAAAAGUCGACAAGCAGAGCAUAUACACCGUGAAGGAAUUUUAUGCCGAUGACUUCAACAGGGACAUUAUGCCUGAGUUAAAUUUCAAACAACCGGGCAUCAGCGAUGGAAUGUAUAAGAUUGCACAGAUGCUUGUAAGAAAUCUGAAAAAUAUCGAUAAGGAUCCGGAGAUCCAUUUAUCAGCUGUGCUGAUUUUCUUGCCGGGCAUCUAUGAAAUUGGCCGUUUUCGCACCUUAUUAAUGGAUUGCCCUGAAGCAGAAACCGAGUGGCGAAUUUUUAUUUUGCACUCUUUGAUCAGUACCGAAGAACAACAAUCGAUAUUCGAGCCCGUUGAACCAGGAGUUCGUAAAAUCAUUUUGUCAACGAAUAUCGCCGAGAGCUCAAUCACCGUUCCACAUGUCAAAUUUGUUAUUGAUUUCUGUCUUAUGAAAUAUCUGAAAAGUGAUUCAUCGAAAAAUUUCACAAUGCUCGAAAUGGAUUGGGCAUCGAAGAACAAUUGCAAACAACGAGCUGGGCGCGCUGGUCGCACGGCAAAUGGUCGCUGUUAUCGUUUGAUUUCACGAAAAUUCUAUGAAGUUUUCAUGAAAAAAUCACCGAUACCCGAAAUGCUGUUGUCACCACUUGAGCAUAUUGUAUUAAAAGCAAAGACUUUCGACAUGGAAGCACCACAUAUUAUUCUGGGCAUGGCAAUGGACCGACCCAAUCUGGACGAUGUGGCCAAUACCGUUUUGACAUUGAAAGAAUUGGGCGCGUUACAUUUGACUAUUCGAGAAGAAGGGUUCUCACCCAUUGAUGGCGACUUGACAAAUCUUGGACGAAUCAUGUCGAAUCUACCGGUUGAUGUCCGAUCAGCCCGACUCAUUGUUUUUGGCUACUGUUUCGGUGUUCUCGAAGAAGCCAUCAUAAUGGCGGCUGGCCUAACAUCGAAAAGUAUUUUCAAAAUCCUAUUCGAACGAGAUUUGACCUCAUACACACGUCGAUUGGAAUGGUCAAAUGGUUCGGGUAGUGAUUUAUUCGCAAUUCUGAAUGCAUACCGAAUUUGGCGUUUGAAGCACGAUCAAAAGGUAUUCGGUAAAAAUUAUGAGCAAAAACAAGCCGAACGUGAUUUUUGCAAAAAACACUGUUUGGAUGUUCGAUCUUUGGGCGAAUGUCAUCAAUUGGUCGAGGAAUUGACACAGCGCCUGGAGAAAAUUGGCAUUCGUCGAAUCACCAGCGUCGAUCGGGUUCGUUGGUCUGAACAAGAAAAAAGCAUCAUUCUAAAGGUGGUCAUUGCUGGUGCAUUCUAUCCAAACUUCUUUGGCACCGAAGCCAUUAAUAAUCCGAUGAUUGAACGUGAAGCUUGGCGAACAUUAAAUGGCCGUGAUCCAGAUAAUACGGUAUUUUUCACCGGAUUUACAAAAGAGCAUAUACGCGAGCUGUAUGUGGAUUCGAUUCGAAAUCUGUUCCGAACCACUGUUGUUGAUGAAGAAGAUAUCAAUCGUGUCAAAGUUGCGAUCGAUAAGAAUUCAGAAAAGAUCUUUGUUACAUUUGAUAUGGAUCAGCUGAUUGAUGUCGAUAUGCGUACCGAUUGGGAUACAAAGCAUUGCUCGAUUCCAGGAAAAACAUUGACCGAAGUCUACAAAUCGGUGAAAAUGCGACGAAUGAAUAUGCCAAUGAAAAUCGAUGUGAUGAAGCCGGAGAAGGAAAUGACAGUGGCCGAAGAGCUUGGAAUUGGUCUCGUUGUUGGAUCGACUUUCAUGACAAAAGAGAGUCUUCGUGAUGAAAUUUCGGAUUUGUGCAUUCCCAAGACACAGGUCAAAGAAAUCAUUGGCACCAUCACCCACGUUGAAAAUUGUACGAAAUUCUGGUUCCAACCGAAAAAUGAGCGACCACGAAUUGAAGAUUUCUAUCGCGAACUGAAUGAUAACAGAGAAUUGACAACAAUUAUUCAGUCGUGCACCGACUACACACCUCUCAUUGAAGCCAAGAUAAUUGUUGCCCGCGAUCACAAGGAUAAAAAAUUAUACCGCGCUCGCUUGAUAUCUUGGGACUACAAUGCAUUCACAAAAACCUUCAAAUGCACCGUAUGUUUCAUAGAUUUUGGUCGCACACAAAAGUGUCAAAUGACAGAUUUGUACGUUUUCAUCAAAACACAAACUGAACAAGAUACAUUCCCCGCACGCUGUUUCCAAUGCAAAUUGGCCGAAAUUCAACCAUCGAUGGCGAAUAUUAGCGGUGGAAAUAUGUGGGAUCGCGCAACGGUUGACUUAUUCAACAGUUUUGUUACAGAACGUGAAGUCACAGCCAAAAUUUACUCCGUCGUAAAUGGAAUCGCAAGCGUGUACAUUUUGACGAAAGGAAUCAACUUAAACGACGUCCUGAUUCGUAAAGGAUUCGGCGAAUUCUGCGAGGAAAACAUUCUAUCAAAGAACAAUCAUUGGAAACGACAACAUUUGCAAAAAGCAAUCGAUCAAGAAGGCCACGAUGCCGAAUGUCUUGAAUUUGUCGACUGUGAUGAAUACUACUCGAUGAUCGAAGGUGAUUCGAUUAAGCAACUCGAUCAUCGCAUGUUGGAAAGAUUUGUAAUUUUGAAGGGGCCUAGAAGCCCAUUGGAAAGUGAACUACAUUCGGCUUUGGUGCACAGCGGCAAACGAUCAGUUAAUAUUGACAUGCAUUCGGUCAACAGUGUUUUUCUCACUUCAUUGCAACAGGAUCAAUCGAUUAAAUAUAUGGUUGCUUCGCACGUUAGCCAGCAGAGCGCUAACAACAAGGAAUUUACCAUUCAUCAAACAACAUUGCUGCCGUCGAUUCGUGGCUUUGGACCACUAAUGGCCAUGGUAUUUUGCCCAGCAGCUGAUUUGAAGCGUGAUCAAUGGAAUUCGCGAUACAUAUCAGUGCGAACUGGACUUGGUUACAAUGACGACCGAAAACAUCCAUAUUUCGCUGAACAUGAUGCAGUCUUCCAAUUGGAUUUCGAUUUUGGAAUGGAAGAUCUGGAAAUGAUAAAUCAGAUGCGAUACAAUUUGGAUACAUUGUUGUCAUCGUCUGAUAAAGUUUCGUUCAAAAAUCGUCUUCAGGUUAUGAAAAAACUGAAAGAAGUUACGUUGAAUUUGUUGACGAAGGAACGUACAGUAAUCGAAACACAUUGUGUACCACAUGAAUGGAAAGAAUAUGCCGAAUCAGACUUCAAAGAAUCGAAUAAUAUAUAUGGUUUGAAGUCAAUUUUCCCAUUACAUGGUCUGCCGCGUCUGAUGACAUUAGACACCACCAUGAAGAAACGACUGAAAAUACACUGUACCGAAUUGCGCAAAAUGACAAUGACGAUGCCGAGAGCCGUGAUUUGUCAACUUUGUGCCACCGACAUUGACAAUGUGACCAUGUUACGAGCCCACUUAAUGACUCGCCUACACAUUGAGCGCGAAAAACAAAUCGGAUUCGUCAACCCAUUGUAAAGAGACCGCAUUGACAGCAUCCGAUCCAUAUAUGUAUUUUUUUUUUUGCAAAAAAAUUUCCAUGAUGACAUUUAUUUUUCCACUUUCUACAAUGACGCAAAAAUGCAAUUUAAAAGCUAAUUCAUUUAUUCCAUAAAAAAAGAAUCCAAUGAAACAUAAAAAUAGAAAAAAUAACCUGAAUAGAAUAGUACUUUGAUGAAAAAGUAAG